AUGUGCCAGAUUUGGGAUGAAGACUCUCGAGACAAGUUGAGCUACUAUAGGAGUACGAGUCCAAUGAACAACAAAAAGAAUGGACCUCAACAUCGGGGAAAACUGUACUCAACCCCUCCUAAGCAAUAUGGUAACCGCCCCAACAAUCAGAGGACUAUUGCUAUGGGGUUUGCGGGUGGUAGUGGUAGAAAACCCAAUACUUUCCCUACUCAGAUCACUUGUUACAAAUGUGGUAAGCCAGGGCACAUCUCCUCAAAUUGUGCUGAUAAAGGCAUGACCUAUUUUAAUUGUAGACAAAGGGGGCAUAUUCAGAGAGAUUGUCCAUAUCCCAAGAAGGAGAAGAAUAGUGGGGGCCUAAAUGACCAAACGGGACAUCCGAAGGCCACAGGAAGAGUCUUUACCCUUAACGGUGCCGAAGCUUCGAAAUCCAAAGAUCUAAUCCAAGGAAAAUGUUUCAUAAAUGGGAUUCCUUUACUUGUGCUAUUCGAUUUCGGUGCAACCCAUUCUUUUAUAUCCUGUUCGUGUGUAGGAAAACUUAAGCUUUCAGUGUCUUCUUUAAAUAAAGAUCUGGUGGUAGAGACCCCAACUAGUGGUUCUGUGUUAACUUCUAAUGUGUGUUUGAAUUGUCCUGUGGAAAUUUCUGGUAGAACAUUUGUGAUUGACCUGAUUUACUGA